CAUUUAGUAUAUAUUAUAAUGUAAGUCUCGAACACGCGAGAAUCGUAAUUAAAAAGACGUCUCUCUUGUUCAAGAUGAAACUUACAGUGUUUGUCAUUGCACUGUUCAGUUGGAUACAGUUAACUCAAGGUCGAUGUACAAAAGUCUGCUUUUUUCAUGUCUCGGUUGCAUCUUCAGUUUUCUUUGAUGUUCGUAGCAUUGACUCUAACAUAAGCUCCUUGUGUUCCCAUGUCAUCAUUGGCUUUGGAUUGGUUGUUGAUCCUGAAAAUCCACGCAUUCAACUUUACGAGAGAGUCAAUGACUACCUGUUACGUUUACAAGCACUCAAGAAUGUCAAUGCCAACUUCAAGAUUUUGUUGCAAGUUCAAAACUUUAAAUAUGUGGAUGAUAUUAAUGACGCUUAUGACAAAAUGAUAUCUUCAAUUAAUGGACGACGUACUUUCGUUCAAAAGAUCGUUAAACUUUUACGGGACAUGGGUUUUGAUGGCGUUCAAAUAAGAGAAAGACACUUUAAACGAGUUGUCAGUAUUAGGAAAGAACAUAUUGUGUUCCUUCAGGAGUUAGCCGAUGCAUUUAGAUCCGAGUCAUCUGCAACUGGAAGACCGAAGUUGCUUUUGUUUGAAUCUCUCUACGAAUCAACUAAUAUUCCACUUCUUGAUUCUUGUUCUGAUGUUAUGGGAAUAUGUCGUAUAGUUGACAUGGUGACUCUGGAGACCUAUUUUUUUUUUCCACUGAGGAAUGUGAGUUAUAGACACCAUAGUAGAUUGUUUGGAGAAUCCCCUCUUGAUCAACAUUCUGUUAACUUUGUAACCAAUUAUGUGCUUUCAAAAGGAUGUGCCAAAGAAAAACUGCUUAUUGGUGUUUUGCCAGCUCCUCACACGUUCAGAUAUUAUGCUAGAAUAUAUCCUGAGGGAUUGUACUUAUCUGCGGGAGUAAGGUCCUAUGAUAUCUUCUGCCGCAUUCUUAAAGAACACGCUACCAAAAUACAGCAUUUAAGUGAUCAAGCUCCUUAUCUGUGUACUGAGGAAUGGAGAGACAAUCGUUUGCAUCAAAAAUGUAUCCAUUACUUUGAAGACGCUUUAAGUCUUAAGGCAAAGGCCAAUUAUAUUAAUCAAAAAGGUCUUGGUGGAUUUAUAAUGUGGGAAUUCAUUAAGGAUGAUUUUUGGGGCGCUUGUAAUGAAGGUCUCUAUCCAAUGUUACGAAUACUCAGUCAAGAAUGCAAGUAAAAGACUGUGGUGUGAUACACGUUUAUACACUCAACAGAUGAAACCUAAACAUCACUUUCUUUGGAGAGUCAAAAAAGAGAGAUUCCUAGCUUCAAAUUAAUUUCCUAUCUGUUUUUGUUAUAAAUAAAUAGCUUUAAAUUA